AUGCUGUCACUCGUCCUCACGAUUCUCUUCGUGCAUAUUGCAAUCUACCUAGUCAAUACCAUCGGCGCAUCGACAAUAGAUAGCCUGCUAUGGAUUCUGUACCUGAAAUUGCCGACUUCAACCGCUCAAAAUGCACGCGAGUCACAAAGACUGAAGCUUGAAACGCUCAAACUAAAGCGCGAGAUGAACGGCACCAGCUCUCAAGACGAAUUCGCCAAAUGGGCGAAACUGCGUAGACGACAUGACAAGAGCAUGGAGGAGUAUGAGACGAUGAAUAAAACUGUCUCCGGCCACAAAUCCUCAUUCGACUGGGCCGUCAAGGGCGUACGCUGGCUUAGCACCACCGGCUUGAAAGUCUUCCUACAGUUCUGGUACUCGAAGCAGCCUGUCUUUGCUUUGCCGGAAGACUGGUUCCCUUACUAUGUCGCAUGGAUACUUUCGUUUCCACGAGCGCCUCAGGGUUCCGUGAGCAUCCAGGUUUGGAGCAAUGUGUGCGCAACUGUUAUAGCGCUUGUGGGAGACUUCGUGGGCUCUUUGAUCGUACAGAUUACUGGAGAGAAGAAAGAAGCUGUUCCAGCGGGCGAGGCCAAAAAGACGCCAUGA